AAAUGUCACAAGAUGGCACUGCAUGUGCUUUCAAAAAUCCCCAUCGGCCACCAUUGUUGAAGGCGAUUUUAUUCAAUACUUUGACGAAUUUUUGAUUUUUUGUGAUACUUUACGACGAAAUAUAACAUUUUAAUUAUAAAGGUAUGGUGCGCAUCAUCUAACAAGACGUUACCAAGAGAUUAUCGACUCCAAAAGUGAUUAUUUUCGAAACGUAGAUGCGUUCAAAAUGUCACGCGAAGUGAGCAUCAGAUUCGAGAACACCUUACCAUGCACGAAAUAAAUCUAGAUUUCUUUGAAAUAAGUGGUCAUACAUUGUGAGAGAGUGGAGUUCUCUGUGUGAACUAUUCAUGGGAUGCAGUGGUUAUCAGAAAAUUUAAUGUGCGCACAUGAAAACGUUUCGGAAGUUUCUGUACACGUCGUAAGGGAGCGCAGUUACGCGGGCGAAGGCUUCAAAGUUGCCGGCAUCAUUAUGGUGGACUGAGAGAGUGUUUGUUGUCUGAUUAGUGUUGAGUACGUGUUGUAAACAGUGCCGCGAGGAGCCGCGCACGAUGUCCGGCGGGUCGCAGCACAACCCGAACGGCCGACAGUCGCAGUUGGGCCCCGGUUGGAGCCCUCUGCAGUUACAGGUGGCAAACUUCCUGGCGCGCGCGCCCCAGGUGCACAUGGCUGCCGAACGCGGCGUCACGUGGCACACGCCGACGCCGCCGCCGCACCUCUACCACGUGCCGGCGCCUUCGCCCCCAGACCCUCUGCAGGCGAUGAAAAAUGCCGGCGGCAACUCGGUGUUCCGGCACACCGCCACCCCGCCGGAAUUGUACCGGCACACGCCGACCCCGCCGGAUAAACACUUGAUGAGACACACCCCUUCGCCGGGCGAUGUCAAAUCCGGAGCGUCCAUGCCACAGCCCGAGCUCUACCCACACUUGGGGCCUGGCAGAGACAAGCUAGUCCGGCCCGAGGAUCUGCUGGCAUACGCUCGCGUGGGUGUGGACUUGUCAUUGGCAGGCGCGCGCGCAGCCAACGGCUCGCCCGCGCCACAUCCAGCCUCGCCCGCGCUGUCUGUACGGGACGCGCCCACCAUCAACAGUCUCAUAGCACGCGCAGCACCGCGCCACGGGCACGCGCGGGUAGACGCGCUGCUGGAGCGGCUCGCGCCCGCGCCCGCCUCCCCGCACUCCGUCAUCGUGCACCCGCGCGCCGCGCCCACGCCCUCCCCGCCCUCCUCCAACGAGGAUUCGGCAGACUCAUGCGGCGCGCCGCCCGGCUCAAAGAGGAAACGAAAGCCGGAGCGGACGAUACGCGUCCCAGCCGCCCCCGCGCCCGCUGCGCCCUCCCCGCCGCCCCCGCGCCUCGCCCCGCCCACCCCCACCCCCGAACCCCCCUCCCUACCCGCCCCCCCUCCAGCCGUUGAACCCCCUCGUCCCCCCGAACCCCCGAAACCGACCGAGAACGGCGAAAUCAAAACGAACGGCCCCGAGAGACCCCCCUCCCCGCCGCCCCCGCCGCAACAACCAGCCCGGCCCCCCGCCCGGAGAAAAACCAGAUCAGGCUCCGCGGAAACCAUCGACGACAUCGCCGCCAUGAUCGCGUCCACCGACCGGCCGCCCGACGACCCAGUCAUCCCACCGGUCGUGUCAACCGAGCCGCCGGUGACGGUCGACAACCUGAAAAGCGUCUUAGCGAGCCCGGAACCGAAACCGGAGCCGGAGAUUCGGCAGUCGCCGCCGCAGAUCGAGGAAAAGCCUCCCGAAGCGCCGCCGGUCGAAGCGGCGGCUGCACCGCGGCGUCGGAACGCUCGGACCUCCAAUUCGGAAUCUGCAAACGUCCCAGUGGAGUCUCCAUCAGAGGCCAAGCCAGCCGAACCGGAGCCUGAUGCGCCUACUGCGGAGCCCACGGCUGCCAGCUUCGUGGAAGUGGAAAACCAGCUGGAGAAAAUGUUUGCGGGCAUCGAGGAGCCGUCGGCGGACAAGGCAGAUGACGGCAAGCCGCAGACGGCUAAGGCGAAGAAGCGGAGAAAAUCCGCGCCCACCAAAGGCGAGCGCAAAGCGUCCCGGCGCGCCAGCCGAAUGUCCACCGACGAGGGCGGUUUCCGACGCAAAGCCGCACGCAAGAAGGAGGCCGGCAAGAAGAAGGACAACAACAAGGACGCCUACGACUCCGGAUCCAACGCCAGCUCGGGUCGCUCCCGCGGGCCCUACAUACAGAUCCGCGGCCCGCGCGACUCUCCCUUAUCCGUAAGCGUGAUCAACGCGUCAACGGGCGAAGAGGAAGAAGCGUCACUGGGCCGGCGCAAGGGCGGCGAAGAAUUCCGCAACGGACUGCGAGCGCGGGGCCUUCACGCUAGCACGUUGGGGCUGCGAUAUGAUGCCACUACACCGGAUGUUACGUGGCUCUGCGUGUUCUGUGAACGGGGCCCUCACGCAGCAGGCUUGGGGGAUUUAUUCGGGCCGUAUACUGUGGAGACAGACUGCGAGGAAUAUAGAGCGCUGGACGAAGCGACGCGGCGGCGUUACACGACCGGCGCGGGCACGAGCGAGGUGUGGCUGCACGCGGCGUGCGGCGUGUGGGCCCCGGGAGUCGUGGCGGCGGGCGCGCGCGUGUGGGGACUGGCCCCAGCCGUGUGGGGCGCGCGCGCCGCCCGCUGCGGGCCCUGCGCGCGCCCCGGCGCCGCGCUCGCCUGCCGCGCCCGUCUGUGCCGCGCCCGCGUGCACCUCCCUUGCGCCGGCCCUGCCCGCUGGCAACUAGACGAGGACGCCUUCCAAGCGCUCUGCCCGCGACACGCGGCCGAACAAUAG